CAAUUACGAUUACAGUCACCGACGCAGCACGCACUGGUGCCUGUUUUGCGUUUAUCUUCCGAUUGUUUACAAAUUCUUUCUUCAUUUCGAAUUGAUAAACUAUGGCAAUGCAUGUGAAAGCUGCCCCUCUGCAGAUCCCAGACACACGCAAAGAACUGACAGAAUUGUUGAAGAGAAAACAGGAGCUUGCGGAAACAUUGGCAAACCUCGAGAGGCAGAUCUAUGCAUUUGAGGGGAGCUACCUGGAAGAUACACAGAUGUAUGGAAACAUAAUCCGUGGAUGGGAUCGCUACCUCACCAACCAAAAAAACACAAACAGCAAAAAUGACAGACGAAACCGAAAAUUUAAAGAAGCAGAGCGGCUUUUUAGCAAAUCAUCAGUCACUUCCGUCGCUGCUGUCAGUGCAAUGACCGGAGUCCAAGACCAACUUGUAGAAAAACGGGAACCAGGCAGUGGGUCAGAGAGCGACGGGUCUCCGGACUCCCAGAACCAGGAGAACGAGCCAAGUCCAGAGGAGCCGGAGGAGGCGGAGGGAGCGGCCCACAGUGGGAAGCCACAGAAGGCCCUCUCCUCGUCUGCCGGAGGCCACCAUGGCAGCCACAAGAAGCGCAAAAACAAGAACCGCCAUAGCCCCAGUGGCAUGAAUGACUUUGACUUUGAGAUGGACCUGAAGAUGAACAAGAAACCGCGAGCUCAGGACUUCUAGGCCCCAGGAGGAAGCAUGCGUUUGCAUCAGGAGAGGAGAACACAUGUGAGGAAUUCAACAGGAACAGGCUGCAUGGAUCCCUGCUGGAACAUGUGGAUGUAGUGUAUGGUCUCCGUGGUGAUGCAAACAGACAAUAAAUAAGCCUCAAUGAAUUGGGCCUUUUUCGAGAGGGACAGGUUUCGAGCCAAACGCCAUUUCUCCUCUCCCCCCUUUAUAGGAUGUGUCGGCCAUGUUUGUGUCAUAGCAGAGCUUCAUGUGAACACCGUGUCCUGAGGGAAAUUCUUGGUUCCAUUGUGGCCAGCUGAUCUUCUAAUAAAUCUAAAUCAGGUUCUGACUUUGGGCGCCGAUGAUGCAUUCCGUUUUGACAUGAGGCUUUUGAAUCGCGGACCCUUUACCUUUUAGUACUGUUGUGCCUCAACUGUGUCGUAUUGUUAUUGUUUGUAGAAUCCUGGUGAACGUAGGUGUGGGUUAGGUGCUUCAUUAAGCCAUAGAACUGGAACAGGCUGCGUUCAUUGAGGUUGCAGGAUACUUGAGCGGACUGAAGUCAUUUUCAACACUCCAGGGAAUUUCCCAGAACUCCAAGAAAUAACUGAAAAGCAAGAGUCUCAUCGUCAGGCCUGUCAGAUCCAUUUACUUUUGAACUAUGAAAUUAUUUUUUUCUUGUUGAUAGUUGACAUUUUUUCAACAUGAGCUAUUCUUUUUGUACCUUAUACCUCUGUGAAUUAAAAACAGGAGUUUACAGUUCAUGCAAGAAAAAUAAAGUUUUUUUAUACAUCUGUAAAA